CACAACUCAAGCUCCCAACCGAUCUCCUUCACUCCAAUACGAGUCCGAUCAUAUUUCAUUAACAGCACCAAAGCAAAUUCUCGAUCACAAGCUAGCUAGCUUCCUACCUGCUCAUUUCCAGAAUACUACUCGGAGAAAAAUGACCGUCGAUACGGUGAUGGGGAUGGUGAGGGACAGGCCGAUCGUGAUAUUCAGCAGGACCACGUGCUGCAUGAGCCAUACCGUGAAGGCGCUGAUAAGCAGCUAUGGGGCGAACCCAACUGUGUAUGAGCUCGAUGAAAUGCCUGAUGGGAAUGCCAUAGAGCAGGCCCUGCUCCAGCUCGGAUGCAGGCAGGCUGUGCCGGCAGUGUUCAUCGGACAGCGGCUUGUGGGUGGGACGAACGAACUCAUGAGCCUCCAGGUCAGGGGCAACCUCGUCCCUCUACUCCGACAGGCUGGGGCUAUUUGGGUUUGAUAUCGAUGAUCAGACUAAUCAAAUUAAAAGAUGAAGAGCAAUGUUAUGGUUAUAGUUUUAAACUAGCCUUAACUUGCACUUAUAUAGAGUUAUAUAUUCAAGGCAUUAAGCCAAGUUUAACAUAGAGGUGACCUACGGCUUCAUAUAUAUAAAUAUAGUUUUAGGAUAUGUGGAGAUGACCCUUUGUUUUCAUGGGUUCCUAUUGUACGCCCAACCCUAUCAUAUAUGUUUGGGUUGUCAAAUUAAAUAUAGGAUCGAAUAAAUAAAUAUAUAGAUAUAGAUAUUACAUAUAGAUGAGAAAAGCUCGUAGAUUGAUUUUCGAUCAAAUUAUCACGAGCUGCAAUUUCAUCUUCUAACAUAAUCUGUACUGCGAUGUUCUUCGAUCAAGACUCGAGAGAGUGACAUUAUGUACGUACUUUGCAGUUUGGUUGGUGAAUGAUAUUGUUGUUAGUUGUGAAUCUAA